CGUUGGAAGGCGAAAAGGUCAGAGGUGAAAGAAAGGUGUUGUUGUGGUCAGUCAUGGCGUCUCUGAGCUGGUGGUUGUGCGGACGUUUGUAUCGCAGCGUGUCUCCGCUGUGCAGCAGGAUGAUGACGGUCACCGGACCGCGGUGUAUGAUGAGUCCCGGGCGGCGGAUCCACCGAGCACCGAGUCGCUGGAUGACGGAGAAAGGAGUUUGGGGAAAAACACAACAACAAGUGACCGAGCUAGACAAGGCGGAUGCGCUGGGUCCGUGUGUCUCAAUACUGAGGAAGUCACAUGAAACUGGAUUUCUGUCCUGGUUCCGAAACGGUUUGCUUGCUACCGGGAUCGGAGUUAUUGCCUUUGUGCAGAGUGACGUAGGAAGAGAAGCAGGAUAUGCUUUUUUCAUCCUGGGCGGAGUGUGUGUGUCGUUCGGCGGAGGAUCCUACAUAGCCAGUUUGUUGUCGCUGAGGAGAAUCAUGCUGCUCUCUCUGCCUUCCGUGCUGCUUCACACCGCCGUGGUGUCCAGCUCUGCCCUCUUCUGGCUGUGUGCCGUCUCUCUCUACAUCGGCCGCCUGGAAGUAGAAAUUAUCCAUGACGAGGACGAGGAGGAGGAAGGUGGUAACGAUGGAGGCGAUUGUGCAGAAUGUAAGGCUCGGCGAGACCGGCGCCACAUGAAUGAGAGAGGCCAAGAGAAGUAAUGAAGACACUCCUACAGUACUCCCUGGAGUUCUGCAUUAGGAUCCGAGCUCUGAUCCUGUCAGUAAAUAUUGAAAGAUGAAACAUACCUUAAGUUUCAGUAGAGUCUGUUUUAAUGUUGAGGAGAACAUGGACGUUUGUGGUUAUACUAUAAACUGGUCUUUGUCCUGGUGUGAGUUUACAAGGAACAAGGUCAUGAGUAUUCUUUUCUUUGCAAUAUAGAUAAAUCAGUGUGUAUGUGUGCGUGUGUAUAUACAUAUUCUAAGGUGUUUUAUAUCUAUGUGAAGCACUUAAAACUUAUAACUUAAAGGAAUAUUCAAUAAUUUCAUUGUGGUUCCAGUUUCUAAGGCAGGUGCAUUGUUAUUGUUGCUUAAUUGAUUUAAAAAAAAACAACAACAACCUUAAAGGAGCAGUUUGUCAUUUUUAGAGAACUCUACUGGCUGAUUUGGAUAUUGCAGCUGCUGUGAAGCACAGACACAGACUUCCCGCUCCCGUCUGCCUGACCUGUCGGUUCCCUUUUAAGGAAUAUGUGCAGCGCAGUAGUGAUGUCUGUCACGAGUCAGAGCUAAUAUCUGGGCUGGAAAAAAAUGUAGACCGAAGCAUGAAGUGAUGAAACUGUCGCAUGCUAACAUGUAGAGAAGCACUUAAAAUUACAUACAGCAACUUUAAAAGAACUUGACAUUCAAGACAUCGGCAUGACUUCCACAAGUUUUGAAGUGGGCUGUAAAAGUUUAGUGAUAUCUACAUAAUAGAAUAAAUUAUAAAAUCACACAAAAUAUUUCUCAAUCAGUGACAAAGGAUUUACACAUAAUUAAGAAGCACUGGUGAUACUUAACUUUUAUUAUUUGCUUUGGUUUACACUGUUAUGGAAAAAAGGGUAAAUCUGGAGUCCUUAAAGUCCUUUUUCAAACUCAUAUGUUUUCUAUAGAAGCCUUCUUCAGAGUGUUUUCCUUUUACAGACACUUCUAUGUAGAACAUGUAACUAUAAAAAAAACCUUUAGGGACAAUUGUUUUCUAAGAGUGUAGUUUGUAAAGUGCGUCUAAUGGCUGCCUGCUUUAGUCUGUAGAGUUUCUGUUGUUGCUUUUAUGGGCUUUGACUUUAAUAAUAAAACAUUAUCCCUUCCAUAGUCAGCUACUUUGCAGCUAUACUAUAUGUCCAAAAGUUUGUGGACACCCCACCAGCGUAUCCAUGUUUGAUUCUUCUUCAAACUGCUGCCAGAAAUUUGGAAGCACACAAUUAUAUAGGAUGUUUUUGUAUGCUGUAAUAUUAACAUUUUUCUUAACUUAAACUAAGAGGCGCUAUCAUGUUCCAUCAUGACAGUGCGUCUGUGCACAAAGUGAGCUCCAUGAGGACGUAGUUUGCCAAGGUUGGAAUAGAAGAACUUGAGUCUGUGUAAUGCACAGAGCCUUGAACUCAACCCCCCCUGAACGUUUUUGAGAUUAAGUCUGACGCCGAACACCCCAGACGUCCUCAACUGACAUCAGUGCCUAAACUCAUUAAUGCUCUUGUGGCUGAAAGAUCACAAAUCCCCACAAAUCUAGUUAAAUCCUUCCUAGACUAGUAGAGGGUAUUAGAGGAGGGAAAGAAAUGGAAACAAAUCUGCAAUAGGAAAAAAAAUAAAGAAAAGCACAUAUGGUGUGAUGGUGAGAUGUCCACAAACCUUUGGCCAUAUAGUGUACAUAUAUUCUGGGAAACAAUCACAAGUUAUAAAAAAAAAUUGCUGUAUGACCAAAAUGGUGUUUUUAAGCUUGUAAUAUCUCAAAGUUAAGAAAACAAUUAAACAGUUUUCCAGAA